GCCGGGGCAACCGCGAUGGGCUCCGGCUGCUGCUGCUCGGUCCUGCCGCUGCUGCUGCUGCUGGUCCUGCCUGUGGUGUGGGGGGACUGCGGGCCACUGCCAAAUAUCAGCCACGCUGAGCCCCAGGGGGACACCAAAGAGCAGCAGAGCUUCAGUGUGGGCUCCACCGUGACCUUCAGCUGUGUCCCAGGUUACACCAAGCGCCCCUUUCUCUCCGACACCAUCCAGUGCCUGACCAACUCCCGCUGGUCCAGCCUGCCAGAGUUCUGUGGCCGCAGCUGUCCCAGGCCACCAUCUGUGAAAUUUGCUUUGAUAUCACCGCAAGAUCAAAGGCAGAAUUUUUACGCCGUUAAUACCACGGUGAGGUACAUUUGUCGCCCAAGUCAUGAAAACACCACAGGCCAGCCCCCCACCAGCACCUGUUUGGACAACUUAACGUGGACAGAAGUUCCUGAACUGUGUCAGAAGAAAUCUUGUGGUAUUCCAGCCAAUCCAGAACAUGGCCAAGUUAUGGCAAAAGAUCAUCAGCUGGGAGCAAUAGCCAAUGUGGUUUGUGACCGUGGGUACAGAUUGGAGGGAGCGUCACCUUCCAUCAGGUGUUUCCUGCAGGGAGACAAAGCUGUCUGGAGUCCUCUUCCAGCUUGUCAGGUGAUUUCCUGUCCCCCUCCUCCAGCCAUUGCUCACGGGCAGCACAGUGGGAACAGCUCGCAGGAGUUUGUGUUCGGCUCCAUCACAACCUACACGUGUGAGCCGGGGCUGGAGCUGGUGGGACAGGACACCCUGCGCUGCACCACGGACAGCGGGGACAGUGGCACCUGGAGCGGGGUCCCUCCCACCUGCCAGGUUAAAACCACAGCAGAGACAAACCAAACCAAAGCCUCAGAAGAGAAUCCUUACUGGCUGGCAAGCAUCCUCAUUCCAAGCUGCAUUGUUCCCCCAGUAGUCCUUGGACUUCUUGCUGGGGUCAUCAUGAGCCGGAAAGAGAGUGAAAAGCACUCUUAUAAUGUGAAUUUACAAAAGCACGAGAUGAAGGGAAGGGAUGCAGCCAUGCACCUGGAGGUUACAGAUGAGAAGAAGCAGCCCAAGCCCUGGAAUUCCUAUUUUUGCCACGCAGGGAACUGCCACGUGUGUCCCAGCUGUGAGGAGCAGCUCCACGGUGACCUGGCCCCUCUCUCAGAGCCCACACGCCCCGGCUGCACCGUCUGCCAGGACUGGCUGAGCUCCCAGCCCCAAAAACCCCGCACCUACUCGGUCCCCAGCAUCGGUGAUGGGGACAGGCAGAGCCCAGCAGGCACCAGCCCUCCUGCCAAAGCUGGGGAUGUGCUGAGGGGAAAUGGCACAGAAGAAGCUGCUCCAUGGUGGAGUGAGGCAGAGCAGCCCAGGGACCACCAAAGUGAGCACAUCUGUCCCAUCUGUGAGAGCUGGCUCCGUGCCCACACUGGCCAGGGUGGCAGCAGGGCUGUGACACCGGGGGACUGGCAGGACAAGAGCCCACAGCGCCCAGUAUGCCCUCCCUGCACGGACUGGCAGCUGCUGUCCCUUGUCCACGGGGACACAGCCAGCAGCCCCGUGUGUCCCCUGGCCGGGGAGGACACCCUGAGCCACCUGGUCCCUGUGCAGAGCCCCGGCUGCCACGUCUGUCCCGUGUGCUCGGUGCCCAGCCACGCUCACCUGUGCAGCCCCCGCGCCUGGCGGCCGCAGCCGCCGGCAGUGCCGGGGAUGGUGCCCACCUUCACCCUCUGCCUGCUGGGCAGCUCCGCUCUGCUCCUCAGCACCGCGCCCGGGGCUCGAGCUGCCCUGUGCCCGUUCCCACGUGUCCGGUACGGGACGGUGUCCCCUCGUCGCUAUUCCUACAGGACAUGGGACACGGUGACCUUCACCUGCAGCCCGGGAUACGCUCUGCGAGGCUCCGGCAGCAGCACCUGCGGAGCUGGCUCCAGGUGGGACCCCCCUCCUCCAGAGUGCAGGAAAGAGCUGAGCUGUCCUCGGCCACCGAGCAUCGCCAAUGGGCUGCACAGCGGACACUCCCGGGCCAGCUUUCCCCGGGGAGUGACCGUGUCCUACAGCUGCAGCGAGGGCUUUCAGCUGCUCGGGAAUGCGUCCAUCACCUGCACGGACUCCGGGCUCUGGAGCCGGCCCCUGCCCCGCUGUGAAGCGAUCGGCUGCCAGGUACCCGAGGUGCAGAACGGGAACGUCUACAACCCCCAGAGCACCUACAGAGCUGGAGAGACUCUGCUGUUUGACUGCGAUGCUGGAUACAGCUCAGAGGACACCGCUGAGGCUCGGUGCCAGCCCGGGGGCACCUGGGACCCGCCGCUCCUUGUCUGCCAGAGGGUCCGGCCGUGCCCGAUGCCUCCGGAGGUCGCCAAUGGAAACCACAACGGGCAGGACAAAGCGUUUUUCUCGGCUGGGAUGUCCGUGAGGUACAGCUGCCAUCCCGGCUAUUACCUGGUUGGAAAUGCCGCUGUGUCUUGCAGAGCAUCGGGGAACUGGAGCCAGCCCAGCCCUCGCUGUGAAGAGCUGAGCUGUCCUCGGCCACCGAGCAUCGCCAAUGGGCUGCACAGCGGACACUCCCGGGCCAGCUUUCCCCGGGGAGUGACCGUGUCCUACAGCUGCAGCGAGGGCUUUCAGCUGCUCGGGAAUGCGUCCAUCACCUGCACGGACUCCGGGCUCUGGAGCCGGCCCCUGCCCCGCUGUGAAGCGAUCGGCUGCCAGGUACCCGAGGUGCAGAACGGGAACGUCUACAACCCCCAGAGCACCUACAGAGCUGGAGAGACUCUGCUGUUUGACUGCGAUGCUGGAUACAGCUCAGAGGACACCGCUGAGGCUCGGUGCCAGCCCGGGGGCACCUGGGACCCGCCGCUCCUUGUCUGCCAGAGGGUCCGGCCGUGCCCGAUGCCUCCGGAGGUCGCCAAUGGAAACCACAACGGGCAGGACAAAGCGUUUUUCUCGGCUGGGAUGUCCGUGAGGUACAGCUGCCAUCCCGGCUAUUACCUGGUUGGAAAUGCCGCUGUGUCUUGCAGAGCAUCGGGGAACUGGAGCCAGCCCAGCCCUCGCUGUGAAGGUGCUUGUGGUGCUCCCACAAAGUUUCAGUUUGCUGAGCUAAAUGAGGAGCAUAGAAAUGCCAUUGAUUUUUCUGUUGGGAAGACUGUGCAGUACACUUGUCGUCCUGGAUAUGCUAAAGUCCCAGGAAUGUCACCUACUGUUACAUGCCUUGAGAGCGGAGUGUGGUCAGAAGCACUAGAGUUCUGUAAAAGGAAACAGUGCAGUCACCCUGGUGAGCCUGUGAAUGGCAAGAUUAUUUCCCUGACAGAUCUCCAGAUUGGAUCUACAGUGGUUUACAGCUGUGAGGAGGGGCACAGGUUGAUUGGACAGUCCAGCAGACGCUGUCAGAUCUCUGGGGGACGCGUUGCAUGGAGUGGUGACGUUCCCCUCUGUCAGCAAUCCUCGUUCUGCACCUCUGCAGGCAUCCCUUGCGAGCCACCCCCGGACAUCCCCAACGGGAAGCACUCGGGCCGGCUGCUGAGCGAGUUCCACUACGGCACCUCGGUGACCUACAGCUGUGACCCCGGCUUCCCUCUGCACGGGGAGCCCUCCAUCCACUGCACCACCCGCGACGGCAGCAGCGGCGUGUGGAGCGAGCCCCUGCCGGCCUGCGGAGUGGCGAGUUGUCCGGUCCCACGGAUCCAGAACGGGAGGAUCGUGGCUCCCAGGUCUGCCUACGCACACAGGGACACGGUGACAUUUGAAUGUGACCCAGGCUAUGCCAUUCGUGGCCACAGAGAGCUCCAGUGCCAACCAAACAACACCUGGGAGCCGCCUGUGCCGGUCUGCGAGCCGGGCAAGCUGGAGUUUGCCGAGCUGAAGGAGCCCUACAGGAAGCAGGAGGUAUUUCCCGAGGGGAGCAGGGUGGAAUUCGUGUGCCAGCCUGGCUACACCCAGCUCCCGGGGGUCUUGCCAGCCAUCACCUGCCUCAGGAACCAGACGUGGUCAGCAGCGCUGCAGUUCUGUAAAAGGCAGCAGUGUCCCAGCCCAGGGGACCCAGAGAAUGGCAGAGCUGUUGUCCUCACAGAUCUCCUCCUCGGCUCCAGAAUUAAUUACACUUGUGACAAAGGGUACAAGCUGGUGGGAGGCUCCCAGAGAAUUUGUGAGGUCUCUGGCACAGGUGUCUCGUGGAGUGGGGAUCCUCCUGUCUGCCAGCGCAUCACCUGCGCUCCCCCCCCGGCCAUCCCGCACGGGACACACAGCGGGGGCUCCAGGGACACCUUCUCCUUCGGGGACGUGGUCACCUACACCUGCAGCUCGGGGCUGGCCCUGGCUGGAGACGCCUCCCUGUCCUGCAGCUCUGCGGACGGGCAGCGCGGCACGUGGAGCGGGGCAGUGCCACGGUGCCAAGAGGUGAGGUGUCCUGCCCCCCCCAGCAUUGCCAAUGGGCAGCACAGUGGCAGCCCCGGGGCCAGGCACAGCCCGGGCUCCGAGGUGCUGUACACCUGCGCCGAGGGUUAUUCCCUGCUCGGGAACGCCUCCAUCCGCUGCACCGCCAGGGGAACCUGGAGCCGGCCCCAGCCCCGCUGCCAAGCAACCGGCUGCACCAAGCCGGAGAUUGAGAACGGAAAAGCGACUGGCUUGGAGACCACCUACAGGCUGAAGGACAUCAUAUUCUUCGAAUGCAACUUUGGUUAUGCCUUGAAGGGCUCUCAAGAGUCUCAGUGCCAGUUUGGGGGCAAGUGGCACCCUCCUGUCCCCACCUGUGAGAAGCUGCUGCCGUGUCCUCCCCCUCCAAUUAUCAGAAACGGCCAGCACGACAGCAAGGGUGUGACAGAGUUCAUCCCUGGCACGUCAGUGAAGUACAACUGUGAGCCGGGGUACGCCCUCACCGGGAAAACCACGGUGUCCUGUUUGCCAUCGGGAGUCUGGAGCAUCCCUUACCCCCGCUGUGAAGUGAUCACCUGCAGCAGCCCCAGCAUCAAGAACGGAGAGGUGGCCGAGGGCCGGAGGGCUGUGUACCACCCUGGGGACAACGUCACCUUCCAGUGCCAGCCAGGCUUCGUGCUGAGGGGCAGCCGUGGGGCCAAGUGCCAGCCCGACAGCCGCUGGGUGCCUGCUGUCCCCACCUGCCAGCCAGCAGCCGAUUGUGGCACACCACCACUGCUGCUGUUUGCUGAGCUAAGUGAGGAGUAUGAAAAUCAGACUGCGUUUCCCGUCGGGAUGACUGUGAACUACACCUGUCGGCCUGGAUACGUGGAACAGCCACAGAUAUCACCAACUAUCACAUGCCUUGAAAAUCUAACGUGGUCUGAAGCCAAGGAGUUUUGCAAAAUGCUGCAAUGCCCUUCACCUCCAAAUAUUGACAAAGGAAAGCACAACAGCCAGGACGUGGAGGUUUUUCCCUCUGGGAUGGUUGUGAACUACAGCUGUGACCCCGGCUACAGCCUCCAGGGAGAGGCAUCCAUCUACUGCACCGACUCUGGCAACUGGAGCCUCCCUCUCCCUCAGUGUGCAGGUGGCUGUGGUGCACCUCCAAACCUCACCUUUGCUGAGCUAACCAGGGAAUACAGAAAUCAGCUGGAAUUUGCUGUUGGGGACACCGUGCGCUACAGCUGCCGGCCGGGACACUCCAGACGCCCCGGAGUGCCCCAAACUCUGACUUGCCUCCAAAACCGCACGUGGUCUGAAGCCCUAGAGUUCUGUAAAAGGAAGCAAUGUAAACCCCCAGAGUCCCCCAGGCACGGCAGAGUUGUUGUUCUGACAGAUCUCCUCUUCGGGUCAAUCGUGAGCCACACGUGUGACCAAGGGUACAGAUUGGUUGGACAGUCCCACAGGAGAUGUGAGAUUUUGGGAAGAGAUGUUGUCUGGACCGGUCUGCCUCCCACCUGUCAGAGGGUGGUGUGCCCAGCCCCACAGAUCCAGAAUGGGAGGGUGGCUGUCCCCAAGCCCCGCUACACCUACAGGGACUCUGUCACCUUCAAGUGCCACCGAGGCUUCACCCUGCGAGGCCACCACACGUCCCAGUGCCAGGGUGACAGGAGGUGGCACCCACCUGUACCUGUCUGUGAGCGGGAUGGAGCGGCAGCACCUUACCACCAGCCUGGUACCACAACAAAGCCAGUGCUGCACUGCUCCAAGCCUGAAGAUAUCACCCACGGGUCUUUCCAUGGCCCAGCAAAAGCAGUUUUUACUCCGGGAACAUCUGUAAACUACACCUGUGAGCCUGGCUUCUCUCUGCUGGGGACAGCAUCCAUUUAUUGCACAGCAUCUGGAGCCUGGAGCCAUCCCCCUCCCGUCUGUCAAGCUGGGAAGUGUCUGCAGCCUCCAAACAUCACCAAUGGGAGGCUCAAAGGCAACACCUCUGCCACCUUUCCCUCCGGAGCCUCUGUAUCCUACAGCUGCAAUCCCGGUUACUCACUGCUUGGGAAUGCUUCCAUCACCUGCACCGUGUCGGGAGCCUGGAGCCAGCCUCUCCCGCAGUGCAAAGAGAUCAGAUGUGAAUUCCCGGAUGUCCAAGGUGUUAAAAAAGCCAUUAAAGGAAAUACUUAUCGCUCGGGGACUAACAUCACUCUGGAAUGUGAUGAAGGUUACGUGCUGGAAGGAAUCAGCCGCACGCAGUGCCAAGAGGAUUUCAGCUGGGACCCUCCCGUGCCAGCCUGUAAACUGACAUCCUCCCAGUCCAGGUCUGUGGGCCUAGGAGCGGCGGCCGCAGCAGUUCUGCUGCUCCUGGGGGCAGGCGUUGUCUGGAAAAUAAUCUCCAAGCAGAAGGAAGGGAAACCAAACCCGGUGUUCUUUUACGAGCGUCCCCCGGGAUCCGCGGCUGAGGGAGCCCUGAAGGAGCCGCGGCUGAAGGAGGCGCUGAGGGAGCCCCUGAGGGAGCCGCGGCUGAAGAAGGCCCUGAGGGAGCCCCUGAGGGAGCCGCGGCCAUGGCGGCGCCGCGCUGAGGGCGGGCCGUGUGGGCGGCCCCGCGCAUGCGCACCCGGCCCCGCGCUGCGUCUCCGCCGCCGCCGGGAGGGAGCGGAGCGGCCGCAGCCGCGGUCCCGCUGCGGGAUGGGGCAGCUCCCGGUGCCGCUGCCGCUGCCGGUGCUGCUGCCCGCGCUGCUGCUGUGGCAGCUCGGCGGAGCCCGGGCUGAGGGCUCGUGUCCCAGGCCAGAUCGGCUGCAGUACGCAGAGCUUAGCCAGAGCUCCAUGGAAAUGCAGGAUUUUCCAGUUGGAAGCCAAAUCUCCUUUAUCUGCCGCCCAGGAUACAUCAGGGUCACGGGGAUGUCACUCACCUGGACGUGUGGUGAUGACUUGCAGUGGUCACCCAAGGGCGUGUUCUGUACAGAGAGAAAAUGUCCAUACCCAGGAGACUUGGAAAAUGGUUAUUUUGAUGCAACAGAUCUUACAUUUGGUUCAAAAUUGACAUUUUCUUGUAAAGAAGGAUACAGAUUACAGGGUAGUGAAGAGAUUUCCUGUGAUAUCAAGGAUGAGGGUGUUGGCUGGAGUGCAGCUCUGCCUUCCUGUGAAAAAAUCCCUUGUGAGCCACCACCCAAAAUAGCCAACGGGGUCUACGAGGAAAGGGUCAGCUACGUGUACCAGAGCUCAGUGACCUACAGGUGUCGGGAUGUUCCCAAGGGCAGCGAUCCCUUCUCCCUCAUUGGCAAUGCCACAAUCCACUGCACAUCUGAUGAGCACUCCAACGGAGUCUGGAGUGGGCCACCUCCAGAAUGUCGAGUGGUCAAAUGUGAAGACCCCAGAGUUGAAAAUGGGAGAAAAAAAUCUGGAUUUGGAAAUUCCUACAGUUACAAGGACUCAGUUGUGUUUGAGUGUGAACAAGGCUAUUUCAUGGUUGGAGCAGAGGUAAUUACCUGUGAAGAAAGUAGCACCUGGGUUCCUCCAAAACCAGCUUGUGAGAAAAUUCCUGUGACAGCUCCUGCAGAGGUGUGUCCUGCCCCGGAGGUCCCCAAUGGGCUCCUGGUUCCAGUCAAGGCUGAGUAUGACAAAGGAGAGUCCGUGCAGAUCCGCUGCAACGCUGGCUGCUCCUUCCCUGAUGGCUCUGCAGAGGUGACAGUGACCUGUGGAGAGCAGAGGUCCUGGGGUGCUUUACAGCACUGUGCCUGCGAGUCUGAAGGCUCCGGUUCCACACCAGUCAUAAAUUAUGGGAGGGUGACAGCUGGACAAAAAUCUUCCUAUUCUGUGGGGGAUUUCAUCACCAUCGAGUGUUACACAGGGUACACCUUGCAGGGGGAGCCUCGGAUUCAGUACACCGGAGACAACCAGUGGGUGCCAGCAGUGCCAACCUGCCAGCUCAGUGGAUAUAUUAUAGCCAUCAUCUGUGUGAUUGUGGUAGUUGUGGCGCUCCUGGCUGCCUUCUGGAUCUACAAGAAAUUCUUCUCACAAAAUGGCUCGUACACAGUUGAUGAGAGUUGCAAGGAAACUUGUAUUUUAAAAGCUAAUGUCCCAGCUGAGAUGGAAGGAACUGCACAAAUGAAUUAAAGAAAAGGAAACGUGACAGCACCCCCAGUUCUGCCGAAUAUAAGACGUGUAACCCAUGACUGACUUUUUUUGGGGGGGGUGGGAGGGACUUUGUGGUGGAAUAUCCCUGUCAGAGCUGGAAAAUGAUGAUUGCCCUUGCACUGAGUUGCUGUCCAUGAGUUCCUUGUGCUGUGUCUUGCCCUGCUGAUGAACUGGAGGAGGAGAUGCUUGAUAGGAUAAAAAGUGCGUGCGCUUAUAGAUAACCACAGACAGAUCCUGCUUUGCCCUCGUUGUCCCUCUGUGAGCUGGGGAAAGGCAAUAGCUGCAGCAUGCCAGAGUCUGUGGGAAUGCUGCAAUUUCACUGCCCAGCCCUGCUGCCUUCAGUGCUGCCCCUUGCCUUACAGAAAAUGUCCAAUAUUCUCCUUUCCUGCAGAGCUCUGCUCCCUCAAGCCUGGUUGUCCUUCCCGUCCCUUUUUGCAGUUGAGGUGGUGUAAAUGGUUCUGUUGUUUUUCUGAAAUGUGCUGUUGCUCCUUCCCUGAAGGAUCUGGUGCCCUUGUAGGCCAUGUCUUUUUAUCAUGAUUAAGAUAUUAUAUACUCUACCUCUUUGUCUGCCAAAGCUGGUUGCUGUGUAUAUAAUGAAUUAAAGUGUGCCUUGAAAUCAGAGUUUUAUAGCUUUUCCUUUGCUUUAAAGAAGGAAAAAAGCCAUAUAUA